GAGAGAAAACAGCAAACUGACCAGGAGAGAUGGAUAGACAAGUUACCAGCUCGGGAGUUGAAAUUGAAGGAGGCUGCUUAUAAGGCUCGUCGAUGUCUGUCAAAUGAGUGAGAACUGCAAACACUGAUGGAAAGCCCUGUUGCAGAGAGUGCUACAGACACAAAUAAACAGUCAGUGCAGCAGAAUGAACACCAACAGCCUGAAGGGUCAUGUGGGCUAGAGAAGACCAAGAAGCUCUUCAGAUGGGUGUCAUACUUCUCAGGAGACAUGGAGGUCUUUGGGCAAUGGAUGAAAGGACAGUUCAUCCUGAUCCAGAUUCUGGAUUGGGUGCUCCGCGGAGCUGCCCAGGUGAUGUUCGUCAACAAUCCCCUCAGCGGGCUCAUCAUCUUCGGGGGACUGAUCCUCCAGAACCGAUGGUGGGCACUAAAUGGCUUUGUGGGCACCCUGUUUGCCACCAUCUCUGCCCUAAUUCUGAGGCAAAACAGGGGUGCCAUCGCUGCUGGUCUGUAUGGCUACAAUGGAAUCCUGGUCGGUCUUCUUAUGGCUGUGUUCUCAGCCAAGGGCGACUGGUAUUGGUGGCUUCUGCUUCCAAACAUUUUCAUGUCAAUGGCCUGCCCCAUAGUUUCCAGUGCCUUGGCUUCGAUUAACAGCAGGUGGGACCUGCCCGUUUUUACCUUGCCCUUCAACAUCCUGGUCUGCUUGCAUAUGGUGGCUACUGGCCACUACAAUCAUUAUUUCCCACAAGUCCUCAUUCAACCCAGAUCCUCCCUUCCUAAUAUCACCUGGUCUGAAGUGGAUGUAGCCAAGCUUUUCCGCGCAGUACCCGUGGGCAUUGGACAAGUUUAUGGAUGUGACAAUCCAUGGACGGGCGGGAUCUUCAUGAUCUCCUUGUUUAUUUCUUCACCAAUCACUUUCGCACACGCCACCAUUGGAUCAGCAGUUGGCAUGGUUUCUGGUCUUGCCCUGGCCGCGCCCUUUGAAGCCAUCUACUUCGGUCUAUGGGGUUAUAACUGUGUCCUCGCCUGCAUUGCCGUUGGAGGCAUGUUCUACGCUCUGACGUGGCAGACCCAUCUGCUGGCCAUUGCUUGUGCCUUUUUUUGUGCAUACCUGGGUUCUGCCAUCGCCAAUGUGAUGUCUACAUUUGGAUUGCCAGCGUGUACCUGGCCCUUCUGCCUCUCAGCGCUGACCUUCUUGCUGAUCACCACGGAAACUAAAACCAUAUUCAAAUUGCCCCUUGCGAAGGUGACGUACCCGGAGAAGAACCUCCGCUAUUUCUGGAACUUGAAAAAGGCAGAGAAGGAAAAACAGCUGACGGAGAAAGAGGUUCAGCUGAGUGCAAAGGAGCAGGAAGAAGCCUCGAAAAUCGAGUUUGUCAAAAUGGAGCACGAGGGCCAAGAUUCGCAGGACAGCGAGGAGAACUCUGAGACGGGCGAUCUGGAGAACUGCACGUACGAGGGGGCUUCAGAGCAAAGUGCAAAUGACUUAACAGAAGUGAAAAUUUUGAACAAUGCCGAGUGAAAAGUGAACUCAGGAGGACAGCUCAUGCGCACCAUGUUUCAAUAUUACUUCUUUAAGACACUGACACUGUAAAAGCAUUCUUUUUUUUCCACCAUGUCUUGCCUUCGUUCUGCAUAAUGAGUGGCACAGAUUAGGGGGAAAAGUGCAAUUGGCACUGAUCAACAGUACAGAAACUGAGUAUUUUUCAAUGUUGAGUAUAUAAUGUACAUACAUGUGACUUGAGAAAUUGUAAUGAAUCUGUAUGCUUGGAAUGUGUGAGCUCAUUAUGUUAUGUAACUCCUUUGGUUCAAACUGAUGCCUGCCUUUUAAUGAGCAUUUUCCCAUUUGUAAUUUGAAU